AUAAGCAUACAAGACAUGAAAACCAGCGGUUUAGAAGAGACGAAGAGGCGAAACGAUCAGAUUGACCAUGGCGACAUCUAAUACCCAGACUGAUUCUCAGCAGGAAUCUCCUACUGUGCCAGACUUAAAGAUAGAAAACCAACCCACAGAUGAUGGUUCUACAUUACAUGUAGACUGUGCUGCAAUUACACUUGAAGAUAGUUCUAAAAGUUUACCUGUAGAUGGUGCUCAAACAUUAUCAGCAGUUGGUACUAAACCUUUACCAGUAGAUGGUGCUAAAAUUUCAUCAGGUGUUGGUUCUACAUGUACAGCUUCACCAGUAGAUGGGGCUACAGCUUCACCAGUAGAUGGUAGUGAUGUUCUAACAAUAGAGGGUGCUUUAGCUUCAGCGACAGUUGUCACAACAGCAUUACAAGAAGAUGAUGCUAAAAUGUCACAAACAUUUGGCAAGAAGACAUUAGAUAUCAACAAUGAUACAGUGCAGAGAAUUCUGGGAACAAUAUUUGGACAAUGUGCUGGAGAUGCCCUCGGACUGCUUACAGAGUUUCUAACAAAGAAGGAAUGUGAAAUGUACUACAAAUCAGUGAAGGAGAACUUAGAAUACUCCCAUAAGGAGAUAGUGUGUGAUAUGCAUCGUAUACGAUGGAAAGUUGGAGAUUGGACAGACGAUUCUGACCAGAUGAUUCUAAUUCUGCAGUCACUGAUUGACACACAGGGCAAGGUUGAUGUAAAUGACUUUGCAAGAAAGAUAAAGAACUGGAUCAAGAGUGGAUUUCCAGAGUUAGGUGAUUUUGCUGGAAUGGGCCAAGGGAAGACAACUAUGACCGUAAUAAAAAACCCAGACUAUGUGAAUGAUCCACAUGCUGCUGCUGAUCUGGUGUGGACAGCUAAUGGUAAAGUCUUGGCUCCAAAUGGAUCAGUGAUGAGGACAAGUAUCCUGGGAGUCCACAUGUAUUCAGAUUUAGACACUGUGGUACAGAAUGCCAUUACCAUUGGGAAGGCAACUCAUGCUGAUCCAAGGUGUCAGGCCUCUGUGGUAGCUGUUUGUGUGGCUAUAGCCUUAAUGUUACAGCGCCAACCUAAACAUCUGGACAAGAAAGGAAAUUACAAUAUCAAAGCAAUUAUAAAUGAUUGUUACGACUAUGCAUCAAAGUGUCUGGAAACUGAAAAGGAGAAAAAAGAACUGAAGACAUACCUGAAGUGUACCAAACUAAAAGAAUUAAAACUAGAUGAAGAAGGAAAAAUAGGAUAUACAUACAAGUCUAUGGGGACAGCUUUCUGGGCUUUAAAGCAGGAGAAUAUAAGGGAGACAAUUACAAAAAUUGUGAUGGAGGGAGGGGAUGCUGACUCCAAUGCUUGUGUGGCCGGAGCAUUAAUGGGAUGUAAAUAUGGUGCUGGAGCAAUUCCGAGCAGCUGGACUCAAAACCUAGUUCAUAAGGAAUGGCUGGAGGCAAUUAUUGAUAGGUAUUUCUGUAUGAUGGCUGAAGUACACAACAUUGACUUUACACCAUACUGGACUGGACAUUUGUCAUGAGCAUAUGUGUGGACAAUAGUUACCCUGUUGUGUUGUUUUAUGAUGAGGGUUCCAACGCCACAAUAUCAAACAACCUAGUAAAAUUGGUCACAUAAAUCAAUGAUUAUCAACAUUGCUUUUAUAUAGCUCUCAUAUUUGCUCCUAGCUGGAUAUUGAUGCUAAAUGACUGUCUCAUUACAAACAGUUAAAAUUUUUAGAUGUCCUCAGGAGCUGAAAUAUUAGUUCCAGAUUAACAUAUUAUGCUGCUGACUCAAUACGUUUUCGUGCUCUAAUUGUUGAAUCAGAAUGCUUGUGCCAAAGAAGAAAUCAUGAGGCUAAUUCUUGAUGUACAAUAUAUGUAGAAUUAUUUAGGGGAGUGCAAUACAAUUUCUUUAUCAACUGGCGGAGCUUAAUUAAUUGCAUACCAUUUAAUAUAUUAUCAUGUUUAAAUAUAUACCAUGACAUUUUUAAAUAAUGAUGAACAUUUUUUUUUUGUUACAAAAUUUCCUCUUGUUCUUGUGAUAAGGGAUGUCAGAAUUCUACACUGUAUGCCCAAAAUUCCCAUCAUUUUAUUGGCGGUGUGAACAAAUCAUAAACACUUUUUUAGCUUGCCUAUUUCAAGUUUACUGAUGAGUCUGAUUGAGUACAAUAAUGAUUAUGUUACUGAUGUGUUCAUAGCAUGGUAAUUUGUUGUCAAUAAAUUAAAUUAUGACUGUGAAAUAUAAA